AUGAUAUCGAAUUUUGUGCGAAGUUUCUCGAGAAGUUUGACAACGCGAAACGAACUUGUCCAUGUGCAAAAACACUUUGAAGGCGUCGAACCUGAAAAACGGGAUAGAGAAAGUUUUCUAGCUGCCGUUGGUGAGUUGUUUUCAAUUAUGUACUUAUCUCAAUAUGAAAAAAAAUUAUAGCACAAUUCAAAGAAAAACGUGGGCGAACACAUGUCGAAUUCAUCAACACCGCGCUAAAAUAUAUGAAAGAUUAUGGUGUGCACAAAGAUUUGGAAACUUACAAAACACUUUUGGAUAUUUUUCCAAAAGGCAAAAUGAUUCCACAAACCGCGUUUCAAAAAAUCUUUCUGCAUUAUCCAAUGCAACAAAACUGUUGUGUAAAAGUUUUGGAUGAGAUGGAAUGGCACGGUGUUCAACCAGACAAAGAAAUUCAUGAUAUUGUUGUGAACGCUUUUGGAGAAUGGAAUUUUGCAACGAAAAAAGUGAAGAGAAUGUUAUAUUGGAUGCCGAAAUUAAAACAUUCUAAUAAAUAUUUAGAUAGAAGACAUGUAGAAGGUAAUUUUUUGGAAACUGGAGUAUUUUUGAGAAGUCCUUAUUUUCCAGGAAAAUCCUUAAGUCCUUCUGAAUUGGCUGGAAUUGCUUUGAAAAUGAUGAGCCGCGAUCCAGCUGCUGCAAUUUCAUUGUUAAAAUUACCUGAAGAUGCAUGGAUGGUAACAUCACAAUCUUUAUCGCAGCAAAAACUUAUUGAAGAUUUGAAAACGGGAGAUGAAAUAUUUGUGGAUCGCUCAACUGUUUAUGUUCAGGAUAAUAAAAUCGAUUAUAUUAUUUUAUCAGGUCCACCGAAGCUUCCACCAUUGGAAGAAUUUAAAAAAGAAGAGAUGGAUGAAAAUUACGAGAAUUGGUUUGAAGAUUGGAAAAAGCGGAGAACCGAAGCAAGACGGAGUAUUCACGAACAAGAUUUUGAGAUAAUCUAUGCAUUGGGUGCUUUAUACAAAAAUGAUAAUACCACUGCUUUUCGAUGGAUUGAAAAUCUCCAAAAAACUAAUAAAAAUUUGGAGACAUUACGAAUUCGAUUGCGCCUCGAUGGAAAUUCCAAGUUCAAUGCGAUCUAA